CUCCUUUCUGCCCAUUCUUCCCUCCUUACCCAUUUUAAGCCUUUCCUUACCUCUUUUUAAUUCUCUCUCUCACCACCCUUUUCACCACUUCACUCUUUUAAUCUUAUAUAUUAUCAUCUCCUCCCUUUCAAAAAUUAAAAUGUGGCCUCUUUGUCUUGGAGCAAUGCUUAUUAUAGCCAUAACACAUUGGGUUUAUAGAUGGAGAAAUCCCAGUUGCUAUGGGAAACUCCCCCCAGGUUCAAUGGGUUUCCCCCUUCUCGGUGAGACCCUUCAGUUUUUCUCCCCCAACACCUCUUCUGAUAUUCCUCCUUUCAUCAAGAAGAGAAUGAAAAGGUAUGGACCAAUCUUCAAGACCAACUUGGUUGGACGCCCAGUUGUAGUUUCAACGGACCCUGAGCUUAAUUACUUUAUCUUCCAACAAGAGGGUCAGGUGUUUCAAAGCUGGUACCCAGACACAUUCACUAAGAUCUUUGGGCGACAAAAUGUUGGUUCCUUACAUGGGUUCAUGUACAAGUACCUCAAGAACUUGGUGCUCAAUCUGUUUGGUCCUGAAAGCCUUAAAAAGAUGCUCCCAGAAGUCGAACAAACAGCCUGCAGAACAUUAGAGAAGUGGUCGUGCGAGGACAUUGUUGAUCUCAAGGAAGCAACAGCAAGGAUGAUAUUUGAUUUGACCGCAAAAAAACUCAUCAGUUAUGAUUCAACCAAAUCCUCGGAGAACUUAAGGGACAACUUUGUUGCAUUUAUACAAGGACUCAUCUCCUUCCCUCUGGACGUUCCAGGAACAGCUUAUCACAAAUGUCUGCAGGGUAGGAAAAGGGCAAUGAAGAUGCUGAAGAAGAUGCUGCAGGAAAGACGGGAAAUGCAAAAGAAAGAGCAAGAAGAUUUCUUUGACUAUGUGAUUGAAGAACUUAAGAAAGAGGGAACAGUCCUGACUGAAGCGAUCGCUCUGGACCUCAUGUUUGUGCUCCUAUUUGCAAGCUUUGAAACCACUUCUCUCGCUCUCACUUACGCCACCAAAGUACUCUCGGACCAUCCCUUAGUACUCAAGCAAUUACAAGAGGAACAUGAAGCCAUCCUGAAGCGACGUGAAGAUCCUAACUCCGGAAUCACGUGGAAAGAAUACAAAUCAAUGACAUAUACAUUUCAGUUCAUAAAUGAAACCGUGAGACUCGCAAAUAUAGUUCCUGGAAUCUUCCGGAAGGCACUGAGGGAAAUUAACUUUAAGGGAUAUACCAUACCAAAAGGUUGGGCAGUUAUGGUGUGUCCGCCUGCUGUGCACUUGAAUGCGGCCAAAUAUCAGGAUCCUCUUUCCUUCAACCCACGGAGAUGGGAGGGAAUUGAACUAAAUGGUGCCACAAAACAUUUCAUGGCUUUCGGUGGAGGCAUGAGAUUUUGCGUUGGAACAGACUUCACUAAAGUUCAGAUGGCUAUAUUUCUUCAUUGUUUGGUAACGAAAUACCGGUGGCGACCCGUGAAAGGUGGAAAUAUCGUUCGAACUCCUGGUUUACAAUUUCCAAAUGGCUUUCACGUCCAGAUCAUGGAGAAAGAUCAAACGAAACAGGAACCAGAGUUUGACGAAACAAAGUAGAAACCAAAACUCCGCCAGAGAGACUAGUGUAUGGUACAAAUUUAGGCUUGAAAUCUCCCCGGUCCUUGGCAUUUUUAAGGAAAAGCGAGGCAACGCAAUUGUUACGGAAGCCACAAAUGUAACCAUAAUGACGGUUUCUCACUCAGUUUUGAUUAGGUCUCUUCAAAUUGUGUUUUUAUUAGAUUUUCUUCUCAAUAUAUUCAAAAAUAUGACCUUCCCUACCUUACAAAAAGGCAGUGAGGGAAGGGAAGGAAAGUUGUACUUGUAACAAGUGGUGUAAAUGUUUCAGAUUAUAUCCCGAGCUAAUAUACAAUCUGCUUUUGAAAUUCAUAACUUUUACUGCU